AUGUCCUGGAAGACUAAGGAAGUGGCUCUGACUUCCCCAGGAUAUGGGAAGAGGAAACCUGGGGGCUUCGACCUCUCUGGCUGCGCCGGAGCCACAAGACGACUCACGGGAGAGAAAGAAGGAGGGAAGGGUGGGGGGCAGACUGAAAGAGAGAUACUGCCUCUCAUUGUACUCCCUCGAAGGGAAGAAAGAAAGAAUUCUGGACGUAAAGACGUGAGACAGAAAGACAUUAGGCCCGGUUUUUGGUUUUCGGACUGUGUGGAGAUGAAUCUUCUCCUCGGAGCUCUGAGUGCUCUUCUCUGCUGCUCGUUGUCCUCCUCACAGACUCUGGAUCCUGCUGGGAAGAACGUCUGCCACAAUAUCAGGGACCCGUCCACCCUGGUCUGUUGCACUGGAUGGCGUCAAGAGGGAAGAGAGUGCACUAUACCUGUGUGUGAGGGUGAGCAGGCCUGCCACAAGGAUGAGAUCUGUGCGUAUCCUGGAGUGUGUCGCUGCCCACCUGGCUUCUACGGAGCUCACUGUAAAACACGCUGUCCUCCUGAUUUCUGGGCACCAGACUGUCACAAGGUGUGUCAGUGCCACCCAAACGGUCGCUGUAACCCCGUCACGGGGGAGUGCACCUGCAACACCAACCGCUGGGGUCCGCUGUGCCAGUAUACCUGCAAGUGUGGCCGGCACGGUCACUGCCACCCCGUUCACGGAAACUGUACCUGCGACGAGGGCUGGUACACGCCAAGCUGCUCCAAGCCAUGCCAGUGUGCCAGUGGAACAUCUGUGGGGAUUGGCUGCGACCAGCUGACUGGUCGGUGUCAGUGCCACAGGGGCCACUGGGGGCUGAAAUGUCCUGGCGCUUGCAACUGCUACAUGUCGCCAUGUAAUCAGCGAACCGGCGUGUGUGAAUGCCGAGAAGGCUGGUGGGGACCCACCUGUGACCGACGGUGUAACUGUGAUCUCAAACACAGUAGCUGUAACCCAGUCAGCGGGCAGUGUGUGUGCCACCUGGGAUACCAGGGUCAGUUCUGCAAUCACCCCUGUGAAGACGGGAAGUAUGGUACUGGUUGUACAAUGAGCUGUGGUUUCUGUAAAGACAAGCAGCCCUGCUCUGCCACUGAUGGCACCUGUGAGGCCUGUGAGCCCGGCUGGAACGGGACACAGUGCGACCGCCUGUGUCCACCUGGUUAUUAUGGAGACGGCUGCCAGAUGAAGUGUCCACGCUGCAGAAACAAUGAACCAUGUGACCCAGGAACUGGGCAAUGUGGGAGUUGUGACCCUGGAUGGACUGGAGCCAGGUGUGAGAAGGCCUGCUCCAACAGGACGUUUGGAGACGCCUGCCGCUUCCCGUGCAGCCCUUGUUUCCACGGCAACUGCCAUCACGUGACAGGAAGAUGUGUCUGUCAGCCAGGCUUCCAGGGAGAGAGCUGUAACAGCAGCUGCCCUGCCCUGCAGUUCGGCCUCAACUGCUCCUCUGUCUGUGACUGUGGUGAGGGCGUCCAGUGCAACUCGGUCACUGGUGUCUGUCCCAGCAGUGUGCGAGGCUCUGUUCUAGCAGGUGUGCUGGUUCCUUUGUUCCUGUUGCUACUUGCUGUGCUCUUCUGCUGUUUGUGCUGUGGAGGAGGCCCUGUUGAUGGCAAAGACAGAGCGACUGUGGCUGAUGGAGGCUGGUCAGUUCGGAUGAAAUAUCACGUCUACAGUGUUCUGGCUAACAUCGGUGCUGCACUUCCCUGCAUCUCUAACUGGUCCUCUGGCCUGCCUCGUGUCACUGUAUCUCACCAUGACCCGGAACUGACAUUCAACCACAGCUUCAUUGAGCCUCCCUCUUCUGGCUGGGUGACUGAAGGGUCGUCUUUUGACAGUGACGAGGAGGAGGGAGAGGCGCUCUAUUGUGUCCCUCCAAGAGAGGAUAUUCCAGCGGUGGCGGGUGGCGAGUUCCAGGAGAUGAGCUCCAAGUGUAACAUGUUCUUGGACCCGUCCGGCUUCAGCAGCGAGGACAUCACCUCGCCCUUCAACAUCCCUCGUACCUCCAGCAUCGCUAAAUCCAAGCGGCCUUCUGUGUCUUUUGCCGAGGGGACCCGCUUCAGCCCCAAGGAGAGGCGUGGCUCGGCUCAGGACCCUGCCGGUCUCCCUGGACAUCCACGCAGCAAACCCAAGUCACCCUGGGGGGUUUUGAUGCUGUCUGCCCUCCAGAGUCAGGGAGGUGUAGCUAGAGCUGGGGAGGAGGACGGAGCUGAGGUUGAGGAGAGUGAAGAUGAGGUCAAUGUGCAGGCAACAGACAAUCGGGAAUCAAACUGUGAGGUCAGUGACCAGGAAGCAGACAGAACUCCAUCUAGGUCCACCCUGCAGGUCCCCGGGGCUUCAGGACGAAGACGGACUAUGUCCAACACGGCUGCUCAUAAGGGGCUUCAGCUGCCAACAUCUGCCUCUGAUGCUCAAGGCGGGAGCUCAGAUAAAGUCACCACAGUGUACGUGACGGUGGGUAAAGCAGGUCGGCCCGUGUCGAAGACGGAGACGAGCUCUGAAGGCCCCGUUCAGGCCAUGCUGAGACGGCUCGGCAGCCUCCAGAGACAAAGGGAGCAGGAGUCGAACAGGCCCAAGCCUAAAACAGCUGAAGGGAUUAUCAAACCACCGAGGAAGAAGCUCGGAGUUCGGGCCAGUGUGUGGGAGCAGGGAGGGCCGCCUGGAGGGGAAGUAGGAAUUUGCAAGCCAAUCAGAAGAAAGCAUGCUUCUCUAAACUCCUCUGACACAGCCGGUGCUAGUGACACCCCACCAUCAGAGGGCGGCACUCCUAAAAGGCCGCUGUCGUCCAUACUGAAGAGCGUGCCAGAGUUGGCUUCAGCUGACUCGGGGUCAGAUCUGAGGGCGGAGGGAGACACAGGUGCAGGAAGGAUCGAGAGCAACUACCUGACCGUGGGACCAGCAGGAGACGCUGCGAGUCUCACCGAGGUCAUUGCCAAUGAGGGUGCUGAGCCCUGCUAUGAAAACGUCAUGAUUAAACAGUCAUAACCUCUGAGAAACUGACAUGUCAGCGGGUCUGAUCCGAACACGGCUGCAUAUUUAUUAUUCUGCAGUUAUGAGAAUACAGACACAAAUGGAUGUUAGUCACUACUGUAAAUCUGCGUGAAUUGCAGGUCUGUGAUUCUUGAAUUAUGGUGUUACUUGUUAAACACUCAUGUUCACCCUUUUAGCCUAUCUCUGUAGAAAAUAUAUGAAAUGUAUAUUGUGGGUUGAAAGUUGAAAUUAAACAAAAACACAACACUAAUACAUACAAGUACUGAACUGUCUGGGCCUGGACUCAGAGGGGGUAAACAGACCCAAGGGCACACACUUCAGGGCUGUUUGAGAAAGACAAGGGCAAACAACAGCAAAACUAUCACAGUUUAUCAUCAAUAGCUGGCUGCGAAAACAGAGACGUGAGAAUAAGUUUUGAGUCUGCUGCUGGACUGAUGUUUGUAUUUCUUUUAAAUGAAAAUACAAGGAAGAAAAGACAGUAACAAGGUUGGAAUUUACAAUCAAGUGUGGUUCACUCUUCAUCAGCACUCCUUUAAGACAUCUGUCAAAGGCAGCUGUCAAAAAUAUAUUGUAGUAUUUUAUUGUGGUCUCUCAGACCAUUCAGCGGAGGUCAGAAAACUAUGAUAUGAGAAUGUUUUCACAUCUAUGACCGGCAGUCAAUUUCCUCUCGAGUAUGAACUAAGCUGUUCCUGCCCUCUGACCUCUGUUGACACAGUCAUGCUGCUGUUGGGUAAAAUCCACAUUAUUGCAAUUUUAGGACUUUUUCUCUGUGUGACCAUACGACAUGAUUUGGUGCAUGCAACUUCCUAUUUUGAUUUUCUCUGUAUAUAUGUAGACCUUUAAUAAUGAAAAUAAACAUUUUGAAACAGUGUGGAUACAUGAUUUAAAAAAACAUAGAUGUAUUGAAUAAAGCGGGUCAACUGAUGUUGACAGAAGAUGAGAGUAGAGUUCAACCAGCUAAACUUUGGCCGUGACGAGCGGUGUGUGGACUUUGAUUGAUCUCCAAUAUUUGUUGACGUUGAUGAGCAGCUAGUUAUGUGUUACACUCAACAUGUUUGACACACUUCUUCUUCUUCUUCUUCUUCUUCUUUUUUUUUUUACAGCCAACACAGCCUGUUUCAGUUUGAAUGAAUUUUCAAUCAUGUACAAAUGUAUUCCAGAUGAUCACAGCAAAAAUAUUUAAAAACAUUUGAAACUACUUCUCUGCCCCGGCGGUGUCUGAG